GCUGCGGGUCCGGGGUUUGGGUUGCGGCUGCUGGAGGGUCUGGAUACGGAGGAGACGGCGAGGGUGCUGACGGCGCUGAAUGUGGAGGCGCAGGUCCUGCUGCUGGCCUCCAUGCCCGAGCUGCGGCGAGCGGAGGUGCUGUCGGCCAUGGGGGACCAGGAGCGGGCGCAGGUGGUUGUGGUCAUGUCCUCCGGCAUGCGCACCCACACCGCUCACGUGCUGGGUCGCGGCAUGUGGCAUGCAACCAUGCGCGCGGUGAAGGACCGGCCGCCGCUGGGGGCGCGGCUGCUGUCGGGCAUGGAGACGCAGGAGGCGGUCGACGAGCUGGCCGGCUGGACGCUCCCCGAGCAGCAGGACGUCUUCGCCGCGCUGGACCAGCCCGCAGCAGCCCGCCUGCUGGCCGCACUGCCGGGGGAGCUGCGGCAGCGACUGCUGGGGGGCAUGCAGCCGCACAUGGCGGCCAACAUCGUGUCGGCCAUGCAGCCUCCCCCCGCCGCCGCCUCCCUGGAGCAGCUGGAGCUGCCCCGCGCCACCGCCAUCCUCACCGCCAUGGACCCGGCAGCAGCGGCAUGCGUCCUUCAGGAGCUGGGGGUGGACAAGGCGGCGGUGGCGCUGCUGGGCAUGGACAGUGUGGAGGCUCGUCACGCCAUCUUGGAGAGCAUGAUGCCCCGGGUUGCCGCGGAAACCGUGAUAGAAAUGGACGGCAGGGCCGUAGCAGCCGCUGCGGCUGCAGCCGCCGCCGCCGCCGCAGCGGCAGCAGCCAACGGAGGAGCGGGAGGAGCAGGGCAAGGAGGAUCUUCCCCACCUGGGGGCACUGCCGGGGGGCCGGGGGCGGGGGCGGGGGGAGGCGGGUUGGUGUUGGGUUUUGAGGGCCCUGUGUCGCCCCCCCUGGUGCCGUUCCCGGGCACGGAGGCGCUUGGCGACAUGUCGCCUCCCUCCGCGGACAAGAUCAUGGGCUUCAUGAAUGUGCAGGACAAGGCCGCCAUCCUGUCCCGCCUGGACCCCGAGCGCGCCGCGGAGCUGCUGGCGCUGUUGAACCCAGCUGAGAGCGUGGCGCUGCUGGCCUGCCUGAGCGAUGCAGCCAGCACACUGGUGGUGGAGGCGCUGAGGCAGGAGGACAGGGACGCGCUGAUGAGGGUGCUCCACGAGGCUAGCGGCGGAAAGACGCGGGGUCGCAACUCCAAAGCCUCCAAGGGCGGUCGCAACAAGGGCGCGAAACAGCCCGCAAACGCCAAGACGGCUCCCGGCCACGGCGGCGGCGGAAGUACGGCAGCGUCCGCUGCUCCCAGCCAUGCCCCCUCCUCAAGCACCCUCACCACCGCAUCCUCACUCACCGCCGCCACCGCCGCCAAGCUACAGCCACUCGCCGUCGCCGCCGCCGCCGCCGUCGCGGCGGCGACGUCGACAGCGCAGCUGCAGCUGCAACCGCAACCGCCUCAACCGCCGCCGGUUGUGUCCGUCGACUCGCCCGUGGGCGCCCCAGAGGUUCAGCCGUCGGGGUCUUCCGUGGUGUUUGCUGACUUGCCGGUGACGAGUGGAAGUCGAAGCGCCACGGGAACUGGAACCGGCAGCGGCAGCACUGGCGGCGGAAGCGGCGGCGGCGGCGGCGGCGCCCGGGGUUUCAGGACGGAGCUGGCGAGAUCCAUGUCGGUUGUGGUGGAUCAGCACACUCAGGACUUCAUCGAAGAUGAUAGUGACGAUGGCGAAGGGCCGUACGACGGCGAUGGCGACGGAGGCGGCAUGGACGACGCCGGGGGUCGGGGUUGGUACGGCGAUGGAGGCAGCGACACCACGCCGCGGCGGCUGCUGCCGCAGCCGCCGCGCAACCCCGCGCAUGGUGGCGGCGGAGGCGGGCAUGUACGGCGGUUGUCGGCGACGGCGGCGGCGGCGGCGGCGACGGCGAACUCUUCGCAGUCGUCAACCGCCGACGGCAGCGCUGACGGCGCCGCAUGGAGCAACGGCGGCGGCGGCGGCGCUGGUGACGACGGCGGGUACUACAUUGACGACGACGGCAGCGGCGCCGGCGGCGAGUACGGCAGUGGCGGGAUGCUUGGCGGCGGCGGCAAGGGCCUUCGUACGGCGGAAAGCGAUUGCGGCGGACUGCCUAGCUACCGCAGCCAUCGCCGUUCCAGCGAAACGGGAACGCCGCCGCAGAGCCAAUCUCUGUCGGGCAUUAGCACGCCCAGUCGUCCCAGCGUAGCAGCGACCCGUGGGUCAUCCCAGGUAGGCACAUCCGCCGGCACGCGAUCCUCAAUCGCCACUCGUGGGCCCUAUCGCUUCGGCACUGACAGCGGCGCCGUCGGCGAUUCAUCCACGCUUUCCAUUAGCGGCGCGCAACUCGCGAACAGCGGGAACCAACCCAGCGCUCGCGUCGCCUUUGCAACCAUAAAGAGUGCCGUACGGCUUAGUCGUCAGCGGCAGCAGCUGCUGCAACAGCAGCAGCCCGACAUUGGGCAGCUGCUGAGGUCCGCCGCGCCGCCGCCGGCGCCCUCCGCUGCCUCCUCCAUGCGGCAGGCGUCGCUGGGGCAGCUGCUGGGGGCCUUUCGGGAGCCCAGCCAGGGCUCCUCCUCCCAGCUGGGGGUGGCCCCCAAGAACGCGCGUCUGGCCACCGCGCUGCUGCAGCACCGCAACACCCGCCCGCGGCCUCGGGGCUGGCUGAUGGCGCUGGUGGAGGCGGUGUACAAGGACGGCGAGGUGAUGCUCCGCAAGGUGGGUCGCAUGGAGGCGCUGCGGCGGCAGAGCGUGCCGGAGAUUGUGUUUGCGCACUUCUCCAACAAGUACGGACAGCGCUCGCUGGUGGACGAGUAUGUGGCGUGUCUGGCAAACACGCUGGCCAUGCAUCGGGGAGAGGACUUGCGUCUGGAGACGUUUGCUCGCUUCCUGUCCGAGGAGUGGGACUUCGCCACCUUCAUCGACUUCCUCUCCGCUAUCAGCCUGGCCAUGCAGCCCUCCAAGGCCCUCUGCAUUGAGUACCCUCGUGAGGCGGGUCGCGACGAGCCCUACCCCUGGCUCUGUGUGCACAAGGCGGUCGCCAUCGCGGACGCGGUGCUGGGUCCGCGGUCGCCCGAGGUGCGCGACAGGUUCAAUGAGGCGCUGCUGGCGGCAGCCGCGCCGGCCGAUGACGCCGACGUCGAGAAGCUCAAACGUGAGCCACGUUACGCCAUCGCCGCAGCAGACGCACUAGCCGGCGGCCCUCCCCUUCCCGAGCGCUUCUUCCGCCUACACCGCCCUCGCUUCCUAGCCCUUCUCGCAUCUGAGGUCGCGCGGCUCAACGCAGCAGUUGUCAAACUCGCGCGCGGGCGUUUCGAGCUGCUAGAUGCGGAAGGACGUGGCGCCGUACCCGCCACCGCGGUCGCGGGGUACUUGACGGGCGUCGUGGGCGCACGAACCCUGCCACAUACGUUGGUGCAAGACGCGGCGCAGUCGUUCGUACGGGAUGCCCUGUCGUACCAGAUGGAAGCUGCUACGGGCGGCGGCGGCGGCGGGGGUGCUGCGGCGUCUGGCUUUGCCGGCGGGAGCAGCAGUUCUGCGAAUUUGGAUGUUCUGGG